CUUUCUUUUGCGUCACUCUGAUUGUAUCGAACAAGUGGUCGGUCUCUCAUCAAAUUUGAUUUCAUCGUCGUCGUCACUCGCCAAAUCAGAAAUCGUCUUCCUCGUUCGUAUCGUUUACUCAGCUUUUUCCCAUCUUCUUCUUCUUCUUCGCAUCUGCAUUAUUCUUUCAUUUCCUGCUCCAAUCUUCCUCCAUGAAUUCCUGUAGCUUAGGAGCUCCUAGAGUUAGAAUUUCUGCAACAAGUUUCAGUAGAUUAAGAUGUGGAAACUUUCUGAUACCCAACAAUCAAACACUUUUUAUUGACCAAAGCCCCAUCAAGAAUCUGAGUCAGAGGACGACGACUCUGCGAUCUGUGAAAGCUAUCCAAUUGUCUACUGUCCCACCUGCAGAAACACAAGCUAUUGCAGACGUAGAAGAUUCUGAAGAGACCAAAUCAACUGUUGUGAAUUCUCAGCUUAUUCCCAACUCCUCUGAGGUGGAAGCACUUAUCAGUGAAAUCACUGAUUCCACAUCAAUUGCAGAAUUUGAACUGAAACUGGGAGGUUUCCGCCUGUAUGUAGCAAGGAAAUUAGCUGACCAAAGUAGUCCACUGCCUCAGCAAAUUCCGCCUGUGGUUGCUGCAAGCGCAACUCCUGAGGGGGUUCAUACUAAUGGCUCAGCCACUUCUUCGUCAUUGGCUAUCACAAAAACAUCAACUUCUUCGGCAGACAGGCCACAAACACUUGCUAACAAAGCUGCUGAUCAGGGUUUAGUGAUUCUCCAAUCUCCAACGGUCGGUUAUUUCAGGAGAUCCAAGACCAUUAAAGGGAAACGCACUCCUACAAUCUGUAAAGAGAAAGACAUAGUGAAAGAAGGUCAAGUUCUAUGCUACAUUGAACAACUUGGUGGCCAAAUCCCAGUUGAGUCUGAUGUUUCCGGUGAGAUUGUCAAAAUACUCCGCGAAGAUGGCGAGCCUGUAGGAUACAACGAUGCUCUCAUCACAGUUCUUCCUUCAUUUCCAGGCAUCAAGAAGCUUCAGUAAGAACUGAUUUUGGCUUUAAUUGUGUUUGUGCUUUGUGUAUUUUGCUUCUUUGUUUUUUUUUCUCCACAGACAAAAAUCUUUGUCCUUACCAUUACCUUUUUUUUUACCAUUAAAACUUUUUUGUUUACCAUUGAUAUUAGAACAUUUCAUUCUUAUA